AUGGAUCCGGUUUACAUGCAAAUAUUGCUCGUGCUGCUGCUGCUGAUAGUCCACCGAUUGGGCGGUUCACUCUCGCCCGCCCUACAAGAUCUCAACCAAGCCCAGCAGCUUCCGGUCGACCUAGAGCCCGAGUUCGAAGGCACCAUCCAGAACAUCUCGUCCCCGACUGGCAGGGAAGCGGUCCUAACCUGUUCAGUGAAGAAUCUCGGCCGCUACAAGGUCGGCUGGCUGCGAGCUUCCGAUCAAACUGUGCUCGCGCUGCAAGGACGCGUCGUCACGCACAACUCGCGCAUCAGCGUCGUGCACGAGGACUUCCGCACGUGGCGUUUGCGUAUAAGGCAGUUGCGCGAGUCCGACCGGGGUUGCUACAUGUGCCAGAUCAACGCCAGCCCGAUGAAGAAGCAAAUCGGCUGCAUCGACGUGCAAGUUCCGCCGGAUAUCAUCAACGAGGAGUCAUCGGCGGACAUAGCCGUGCAGGAGGGAGAAGACGCCACGAUCGUGUGUAAAGCCGUCGGACAUCCGACGCCACGAGUUACUUGGAAACGGGAAGACGGCGAGUACAUGUUGCUGAGGAAGCCACAGAGCCGCGAGCUGAUACGAGUGGACGCGUACAACGGUACCCAUCUGCAUCUGCCCAAGCUGGAGCGAAGACAAAUGGGCGCGUAUCUGUGCAUCGCGUCGAACGACGUUCCACCUGCCGUCAGCAAGCGUGUUUCAUUGAGUGUCCACUUUGCGCCGUCAGUACGUCCAACCAGCCAGCUGCUGGGAGCUCCACUCGGAUCCGACGUCCAGCUCGAGUGCACGGUCGAGGCCUCACCGAUGCCCGUGUCCUACUGGCUGAAAGGUGGACGUGCCCUUCCGAACAGUUUCGCCAGCGCAUCGAACGGCAACUACGAACAGGCGGGCCUAAGCCGACCGGAAAUGCUGCUCGACGGACCCAAGUACGGCAUCACCGAGGAUCGACAUGGCUUCCGAACCAAUAUGCGUCUCGUUGUGCGAUCCUUCUCACCGGCUGACGUCGGGACUUAUCAUUGUGUCAGCACCAACUCGCUUGGCCGCGCUGAUGGCACCAUGAGACUGUACGAAAUAAAAAUUCAUCCGGGCGGUGUGCAAACAACGGACGAUCAAUUAAAUAUAAUUGGAGGACUUGCGGAAGCAGCCCGAGGACGAGGAAACUCGGCUAGCAGUUCCCUGCACUCCAGCCAGUCGCGACAUCCCUAUGCACUGUUACCGCUGUUAUUGCUCCUAUCGCUUUCGCUGAGCAUCGGCACGAUACGAAUGGCCGUUUCCGGCAGCAUCGACAGCAACAGCCCCCGGAACGGCAGCAGAUGA